AUGGCCACAGAUAUUAUCUACAUAGUUCUCAGAUUCCAGCUCCACUUCCGUACUGCUCAGCAGAUAAGGACCGGUGGGAAACGUAGGAGACCCUCAUUCAGCUGGGCGGAGAAGAUCCGGCAUAACCAGGAUUUCACCCGGCCUGAAGACCAUGACAACACAUACGACGAAGUGGAAGUGGAAGCGGAAGCUGCCGACGGUGGACGGUGGACGGUGGAAAACGAUCACCUGGUCGAUGAAGUCAAGAAGCAUAUAGGCGAGUUCAAGCAAGCCGGUAUCAAGGUGACAGAAGAUCCAGAGUCUCUUUGGGAUGUUUCGGAACUAAAUGAUCACAUGGUGGAACGCACUUUCUACGUUGCUCAUCAGCCGAUGACGCUUGAUGAUGGGACUGCGAGUGUCAUGACUAGGUAUUGGUGGGAGGUUGUAGCUGUUAGUUUUGGGGAACCAAGAUAUGUCAGGGACACACCUAGACCAAAUGUAGGUGACAGACCCACAUUCCGCGUCGCCUCCGUCGAACUGCCCAGGCUCCCUUCUCAGUGGACCGGCCACGAUCGCAUCAAACAUGCAUACACUAACAUUCUCGUCACCCCUUCCGGUACCCCGCUCGCAGAAAAAUGGAAAAUCGAAGUAGAGUACCCCCGAAAUUCCGAGCAAUAUCUUGAGAUUGUCGCGUGGUUCAACGAUUUAGAAGCAGCGGACAAGAAGCUGGCUGACUGCGUGUUGCAAGACUGUAAGUCUAAUGCAGACACGGGCGAAGAGGGAAACAUGGGGAAGAAGAAGACAAGAGUGGCCUGGACAGAUUCCUUGGACGGCAACACAACGGCCUUCUACUGCAUGAAUUCAAACCAGGAGAACCCCGACGGAUCAUUCUCGCAAGCCAUGCGAUCUCACUGGUGGGAAACCAUACGCGUCAAUUUCGAACAACAAGACAUAUACAGCGCAAAAUGGAACGAGAAAGACCGGUCAUCCUACUUGGAGACUUCGGAAAGGAUCAACUCCCUUCUGACUUUGAAAAGAGUUCAGGGACUGAGCGAGCAGGAGGUGGAGGAGUUGGACGGGCUGCAGAAGGAAUUGGGUUGGGUGGGUAUCAAGAGGGUUAAGUCGAAUGAUUGGACCGGCGGGUAUGUCAAGAGGAGCGAGAUGGACAGCGAUGGGGUUGAGGAGUAUCUCGAGAACGAGAACGUGCAAUACUGUAGUGAGAAUGAAGAAGAUAUAAGAGUGAGAAAGAUGGAACCAGGCUACGGGAGUCUGGACGUGAAGGAUCGUGAGGUCAUGGGGGACAACGUAUAUGGCGACAAGUUGUAGUCGCACGAACGCUGCGAGGAUCCGUCCGUUUUUGUUGCA